AAGACCCAGCUGGGCGAGGACCAUGAGAAGACCAAGGAGAGCUCCGAGUACCUCAAGUGCCUGACCCAGCAGGCCGUGGCCCUGCAGCGCACCAUGAACGAGAUCUACCGCAACGGCUCCAGCGCCAACAUCCCGCCCCUCAAGCUCACAGCCCCCAGCAUGGCCAGCGUCCUGGAACAGCUCAACGUCAUCAACGGCAUCCUCUUCAUUCCUCUCAGCCAAAAAGACUUGGAGAAUCUGAAAGCCGAGGUGGCGCGGCGGCAACAGCUCCAGGAGGCCAACAGAAACAGGGAGAAGGCUGAGGAACCCAUGGCCACCGAGCCUGAGCCAGCAGGGGCCCCAGAGGACUCAGCCUCCCAGCCCCGGGCCGCCAAGGACCCUUCUUCCCCGAGCUUGCAGGGGUAGAAAGGGAGAGACAGAUGGACAGUCAGCCGGCUGCCCCGUUACCCAGUGAUCCAGACUCCAGGAGAAGGGGGGCAUGCCCUGCAGAUCGGGAGAGGAAACAGGUCCCUCUUCUUCCAUGUUUCCAACCCCAGCCCUACCCCCAAGCAUCCUCCUGGGACCCUGGCCUGCCUGCCCCCUCCCCAAAGACGUUUUUGCACUGGUUCAGUGAAUAUACGAUGCAGAGGCCUCAUUGAAGACACGUGGAUGGAGUGUGUGGGCAUCCGUUCCCAGCUGGGGGGCCGGUGCCCCCUGGGGCCCCCCCAGCAGGUGUGUGCGAGUGUGUCCGUGCCCGUGAGUGUGUCGGUCCGUCCUUCCUAGUCUGUACAUAGCCCCACUUUGGUUCCGAGUGGAUGGCGUGAAGAUGACAUUUCUCAGGUCGCUCGUAUGUUUGACGUCAUGGCUGCUGCGUGUGCCGCCGCUGCCCCUCGGCCCAGCUUGGCCUCGAGUCCAGGUUUGACGCCAAAAAGGGGAGCUUUCCUGUGUCCUAGGGUGGGGAGCCGGAGCUCUGCGGCAGGGCUGGAGGGUGGGGGUGCACUUCAGCUCCGCGGCAAGGUGGUGACUGUGACCGGGCCUUGCUGCGCUCGCGGCGGCGGCUGCCCAGACACACACCUGUCCGCAGCCCUGGCUUGUCUGCCCCGGGGCCCCGACAGGAGGGGCGGCCUCCCUGUCCCCCUGCCUCCCAGCUGGGGCCCACCCUGGGGGCUACGGUCUGAACGUAUCCUCCCCCUUGUAACCUGAGCUGCCGGACGCACAGUGGGCACAGUGGGGCUGGGGUAGGCCAAGGGACUGGGGGAACCAGGGCUGAGUCCUGGACCCUGGUGGGGAAUUGACUAGAUACAGGAGUGAUGGCCACUUGGUGGUGGAGCCCAGCUCCCUACGUGGUCCUUGUCACACAAGCACCUCCUACGGAGAGGAGCUCUGGGGCGGGGUGGGGGUGUCCGCGAAAGGCGGUGGCUCCCGUGAGCCCCAGCUACUCCCUCUCCCGCUUCCUCUGUGCCUGCUGUCAGAGCCCUGAUGGGGCGGGGGCGGGGCGGGGGGAGCGCCCCACCCGGUGGGCUGGAGGGACCUGUUCCCAGGCUGGGGCCUCUGCCUGGGGCUUUGCGGGGAGCUGCUUCUGGGUAUGGUCUGUCCACUUCCCUUGUUUCAAAGGCAGUGGGUGUGAGCUAGCAAGCGAAGCCUCCCCACCGCUGAUCAAGAACUUUUUCUUGUUUUUAAACCAUCACGUCUUCAUUUCACAUUGGAAUAAAGUGAGUUUUUGAAACCUGCUG